GUCCUGCAGCAUAACCCCCCAGGAAGACUGUGCCUGCAGUUCACAUUCCCGCCCUGAGCUGAUCCUGGGAACGUCUCGUUGACAGGCUGAGCGAGGCUCCGGGUGAGCCCUCCUUUCUUCAGCUCAGACCAAGCAGAGGUCGACUCAACGUAUGAAAAAGAAAGCUUCAUGUGUAAAUGUGGAGGACCUUUAAUGGAAAAUUAUUCUACUGCAAUUCUAAGCAGAUCAGGACCUGUUCUCUUGCUGCUAACAUCUUUCAAGCUAGGAGCUUGAGAGGAAAGGUUUUUGAAAAAUAUAUUCUGGUGGAGAACAUGGUGAAGGUCCUCUGAUAACCUGAGCUAAUUCAAACUAGCAUAACAGCUGAAAUCAGUCAUGUGAUCAGAUGGAAGCUGAAUCCUCUCAUAGCUUUUCCUACCUCAAAGGAAAGCCUGAUGAAUGACUCUGUAAAAUCAAUGGAAGAAUUUGCAAAUAUCACGACGAGUCUCCUGAAACACACAGUGUGCUGUCCUUAUCCUGAUGCUGGGAAAAAGAGGAGCUGUUUAAUCUGAAGAUACUGUAUUAGUUGGCACAGUGGAAAAAAGAAAUAUAUAGAAUAUUAAGUCAAGGAACUUCAAGUGAAUGAUUGGCAACUGUUACAAGUGGCACACAGCAAAGUUGCUGUUCUUCAUCAUCGUGAGUGGAGCGAGGCCAGAGAAGAAGAGAGUUGGUACAAGAGAAGAGUGACUGCAAUUACUGGAAACAAAAGGAGGAAAAGAGGAGAAAAAUAGUGGCAUUAUGAGAAACGGAAUAUAUGACCCAAAUUCAGAUUUACACAAGCAGAGAGGCUGAGCAGUGGGUGAAGGUCUGCUCAUCUUAUAAAACUGAGAAGAAGCAUGCACCAUCAUCUUUAUUCUGAAGUGAAAAUUUUAGAGAUGCUGUAGAGGUAUCCUGUGGCCAGCUAACUGACCGGAGCACAUUUGUUUUUGCAAUAGAUGCUGCAAGUUAGGAAAACAGAAUACACGGGAGAGAAAAAAGUUAUCAUUAGGGCUCUGCUUUGGGAUUGAAGAUAUGACUGCAGUUUCUGGCUGUGGAAAGAUGAAAGAAAGAAAGAGGGCAUAUUCCUUAUCUUUAACUUUUAUCUUCCUGUUCGUCUGCAUCAUCGAACAUGGAACUGCUGACUCAGAUGAUGACAAAGACGAGGAUGUUCUAGGUGCUGCUUUACCACCGCUGAAACUGGGGCAUUCAAUUUGUGCCCUGAAAGCAGAUGAAGGUCCAUGCAAAGCAAUCCACAUGCGCUAUUAUUUCAACUUGCAAAGCCGUAAGUGUGAAAUAUUUGAAUAUGGUGGAUGCCACGGCAAUGAGAACAACUUUCUUACGCUGGAAGAGUGUCAGAAGGCAUGUGUGGUAACAGAAUUCCCUCUGAAGAUGAUGUUAGCAAAAAUUAAGAAAGAAAAGCCCAACUUCUGUUUUCAUGAGAAAGACCCUGGAAUCUGCCGAGGCUAUUUUUCCAGGUAUUUCUAUAACAAAGAGACAAAGAUAUGUGAAAUAUUCAAGUAUGGUGGGUGCCUAGGAAACCAGAACAACUUUAAGAAUUUGGAAGAAUGCCAGGCUACCUGCCAAAGCAGCUCAAAUUUAUUGCCUAUUGCUCCAACUAAAGAUCAUCCAAACACUGUGAACAGUAGUUCCCCAGAAGAAGAACCCAACAAGUUUCCUGGAAUUUUUGUAAAUUUAUUACCAACUGCUCCAAAUGAAGAGCAGUCCAACAUUGUUAAUGGUAGUUUCCCAGAGGAAGAACGUGACCAGAUUCCCAGUUUUUUUGAACCACCCCCAAUCCCUUCUUUGUGCAAGACCCCUAUGGACAGAGGACUCUGUAGAGCCAAAGAGAGACGAUUUUUCUACAACUACUCAACAGGAAGAUGUCGCCCAUUUAACUACAGUGGUUGUGGUGGGAAUGAAAAUAAUUUCACCUCCAGAAAAUCAUGUUUGAGCAUCUGCAAGAAAGGAUUCAUUAAAAAAAAAGGUGAAAGAAGAAUAAUAAAAAUCAAGAAGAAAAGAAAGAAACAAUCAGUAAAAGUUAUGGGAGAUGAAAUCAUCACUGAAAGAAUAUAACUGAUUUUUAUAGAAGUGUGAAGUAUCCUACUACUCAUCUGUGCAUGAAACCCUUAAGUGUAUACCAUUUAUAUAUAUUUACUGUACUGAUUAUUUUGAUUAUAUGUUAUUAAGUUGCUUAUAUUUUUAUUAUGUAUUCCUCAUUCAUUUUAAUAAACAUUACCCUUUACUUUGGUAAAGGCUGUUAAAACGCAAUUUAACUGUACAUACAUACCAGAGCUGAAACAGGACAGAACAGACUGUGUGGGUGGAUAACUCGAUCAAAAAGUAGGCAGGAUUCAAUUUUACUUUUUUACCUCAUUAUUCUUUUCUGAAACCUGGUUUUGUUCUAAAGAAAAGUAUAAUGCUCGUCAAAAAAUAAUCACUUGUCAAGUGGGAUUAUUUCAAUUUUAGAUUUAGAGAAAGGACUCUGACUAAGAAGAAGAAAUAGGCAUUGAGUUUGUUUAUAAUUGGAUUUCUUUUAGGUCAUGCAAGCUAGAAGUAACUCCAUUAAAGUGCAUAGAACUGUGUUACUGUAAAAUGAGCGUGACAUCAGAAUUAACCCACCGAGACCAUAAAGAGAAUGUUCAAGUUGUAAGUGUGUAAAGCAAUGUAACAUUUACAUCUUGUGUACAUUGUUAUGGAUAUUUACCACGAUUUUAAAUAUAUUUGCUGAGGUCAUUGAGCUUAUCCUUGUUACUGAAGUAAACUCGUGGUUAGUAAGUCAUAAUUUCCAGAAAUACAUAUUUAAUUCUUACAUAAAGCAGAAAACUCCAUUCAUAGAUCAAGAAAUAAGAACGGUUACUUUAGAGAUAACAUUACUCUUACCCUCCAAUUAAGAUUUUUUUUUUUUUUUUUUUUUUUUUUUUUUUAUGACUGACAUGAAACAUUGGCCAAGUCCCUGCCCCCUCUCUAAAGCACCUCUCUGAUCUUGGGUGAAUCUUUAAUCUUCUUUAUUGUUAGAAACCUUUUUUUAAUAUAUCACAUUUUCUCUUUGUACUUAAGACUCUACUGGGAAUAACAACACUGCCAUUUUUAGAGGUAUUCUGGAUAUCUGAAAGGAUGUGAGGAACUCAUACUAUAGUAAGAGUCAAGGACAGUGAUGUCAGAAUAAUUCAUGAUCAAUUGUAUUAAUCUGCCUUUGUAUGUGCACUAUGAAUUGCUUGUGAGAUUUCAGAAAAUGUACUUUUUUUAUGUGCCUGAUGAUCUUUGGACUAACUCUACAAAAUGACUAAGCUUUACUGCUGAA